UAAACCGCCUACUACUAAAAUAAUUAUUCACCCGAAAAACGCCGCGCGAAUUCGCCGAAUUUUUAAAAUUCCAGUAGAUGGACAGGGCCGGCCUAGGGAACUAUUUUGCGAACAAUUUUUGAGAGAAACUCGUUAUAUUUAUAUGAAGAAAAAACAACUGUUUUGUUAUGACCAAUAAGGACGUAAUUAGCAGAAUGGUGUUUGCUUCCAUCCUGCUUUUGAUUUUUUUCUUUGUUCUCGAACGAAAUAAGGAUAUUUUUCUUACAUAUUUUUGAUCAGAACUAAAAUACGUUAACUAAGAAAGAAAUAGGGCUUAUAUGAAAAAAGCAUGUGUGAAUGAGGCGUAGGUUUCGGAAAAACCGAGAUCUGAUUGGUUAAAGAAGCAUGAAUUAGUAUGAAGAUGGGUUUGGUAGCAAGGAUGACGCAAAUGAAGAUGUGAACGUAUAUCUAAUAGGUUCGGUUCUUAGGUAGUAUUCUACUCCACUAAAGGUGUGAGUACAUGACUUACACUAAUUAAAAAAAAUAUAUAUUUUUAUUUCAACUACUUAAAAAUCAAAAACUUAGUUGCAGAAAUCUAUAGAAUAUAUUAUAUGCUUUGAAUUAGAGAUGAUUUAUUGGUUGGAUUAAUUUUUAUAUAAAUAGCAAUUUUCAUUUCAGACUUUCCUCUCAUUAGGCAUAGUCGUUGCACUAUGGUUCAUAUUUUCUCUUUUAAUAGAAAGUUCUGGUACAUUAAGUGAGUAUCGUCUUAACGUUUUUUUCUACGAAAAAGACGCUUGGAUGAAAUUUACAAGAUGGUACAACUUUAUCGCGAUGUUAUGGAUGGUGCAGUUCAUAAUUGGUUGUCAGCAUAUGAUUAUAGCCGGAGCUGUCAGCAUUUGGUACUUUAAACGAGACAAAUCUUCUUUGGGUACACCUGUUAUUCAAAGUACUGGAAAUUUGAUAAGGUUCCAUUUAGGAUCUGUAGCUUUAGGUUCAUGUCUUAUUGCAACUGUACAAUUUAUCAGAAUGUUAAUGAAGUUACUUGAAAAGUUUUUGCGAAAUAGAGAGGGAAAAAUCGUCGACUGUUUAUUAAAAUGCUGUCACUGUUGUUUGUAUUGUUUCGAAAAGAUACUGAAAUAUUUAACUAGGAAUGCUUACAUUGAAGUUGCUAUUUUUGGACUUCCUUUUUGUAAAGCAGGACAGCAAGCCUAUAAGCUCCUUACUGCAAAUAUAUUGCGAGUGGCAGCAAUCAAUUCUGUUGGUGAUUUCGUAUUAUUUUUGGGAAAAGUUGUAGUGGUCAUAGCAACUGUUCUAAUAGGAAUCAAAAUACUUCAAGAUAAAGAAGGUCUUCAGCACAUGUGGGUACCAAUUACAUUAUCUGGUUUAUUUGCAUAUUUUGUCUCACACUGUUUUAUGACAGUAUAUGAAAUGGUGAUAGAUACAAUUUUUUUGUGUUUCUGUGAAGACUGCGAGAAGAACGACGGCGAAAACAGACCGUAUUUCAUGUCAAGAGGUUUAAUGGAAUUCGUGGAAAAUUCAAAAAGGGCAUUAGAUUCUAAAAAGAAAUCGUCCACCGUAGAAGCGACUAUACCUUCCAUAAGUGAAGAUGUUACUAGAAAUUUUUCAGGAUAACUUCCAACGACUGAUUUAAAAGAAUAAUAAUUGCACUUUAAUAUAAUUAGAUUCAAAAUAGUAGAUACUAAAUACCUAGAAUUUGUUUGACUUGAGUUAACGACACUGUUGCUAGUUUAUUUUAUUUAUGAUUAAUCAAUUACACAUUACAUCUUACUGUUGAUAAGAUGUAUUACAAUAACGUGGAUUUAUUAUCAAAAAUAUAUAAAAGUCCUGCAAUAAUUUGCCUUAAGAAUUUCAAUAUGACAACAUUGCUUUUAUUGUUAGUGUGUGGGUUAUUAAAAAAGAAUAGAAAAUAGCAAUAACCGUAAGGUAGAGAGAGAUGUAUCAUUCAACGAGAUUAUUUCCUAGGUCCUCGUAACAUUCAGUAGCGUAUCAUUAUAUUAUUUAUAUCAUUGUAAAUGUAAUACGACGAUUAAAUUGUAAUGCAAAUAAAUAAUAAAUUGAUUAAAUAUUUAUUGAAAUACAUUCAAUUACGGAGAGAAAAUAAUAUCUACUCCAUCUUUCAAAAGAUUCCCAGAAUUUUUAUUUGUGUUUAUUUCAAGUGUUCGAAAAAGUAUUAUUUUUUCGGGACUAUUUUGUUUUGAUAAAAUUAGCCAAUAGAAAUUAACGAAUUGAUCAUAUUUUCCGCGAAUAAAUAAGUGAUUAUACACUUGGCAACGUGAUUUUAUCAAUAUCACAGUUUUAAUGCAUCUAAAUGUUCUUGAUUUUAGGUCUCUUCUAUUUUAUAUUUAUAGUUUUUAUAGUUUUUAGAUGCAUUAAUAUAUCAAAAGGUCAAAGAAAUAAGAAAUAGAAGAAAUAGCAACAAUAUAUGUUGCUAUAAUAACCACUUUUGAAGCUUCUCAAAAAGUCGUCUUAAACUCGCAGUUAAUCAUUUCAGAACAACUUCAAGUUUAGAUAUAAGCAAAUCAAAUUGAUUUUUAAUGCCGCUGAGCAAGCAGAAAUGCGUUUGGAAGCAGUUUUCGUUAUUUUUUUGGAGAGAGAAAUUUCUUUAUAUAAUGGUAACGAAUACCGCCCGAGCAAUCGAAAAUAAUCGAUUAUUUUCGAACCUCUUGGGCUUAUGAAUGACUAUUUUCCACCCACAAAAUUUCAAAUUUCGAAUUGAAAGAGAGUUCGAUGGUUAAAAAUUUUAUUUGGGAAAUCAGAAUGUAAUUUUUUUGAUGGUAGACUGUAACAAAAAAUAAACGAGAGGACUGGAACAACUAGAUGAUUAUUCAACGCAAUUAAGGCUCAGUUUAUUGCGAGGAAAAUUCCAAAUCAAAUAUGUAUAAACAGAAAUAUAGAAAAGAAGACUUACCCAUAUUGAUAUUUAGAUCGGGAAUCAAAAAGCAAAAUAGAGAAGACAUAAAUGAAAUUUCUAAGAGAAAUAGAGAUUUAAACAAGAUACGACAAAAUAAAGAAUAACAUUAUGAGAGAAAAUUUUAACUUGAAACCAAUUCGAAACAAAAUCCAGGAAAAAAACUAAAAUAUCUCAGCCACGUAAGGAUAAUGGGAGAAACAUAUAUAUUCUUACAAAAACAAGAAAGGAAGACUGAGAAGAAGCUGGACAGAGGCAAAACGAGGAAUAACACGCAAGAAAUAAAACAAAAGACACAAGAUAGGCAAGAGUUGGAACAGCUGUAGAAAAAGGAAGCCAUGAAAUGACUCAAAUCCAGCAAGCCUUACUCCUGAAAAGGUAGAGAGGUAUCAGGAUUCAGAAUUUACUUCCUUCCUUCCCAUUUAUUACUUGAUAUUCGAAUCGAAACGUCCAUUAUAGUAACUCGAUCCCACAUGUUGUCUUCUUCGUUCUUAGUAAGUUCAGUGUAAUUUUUCCAAGACUUUGGCAUUUGCUUUUUCUUCACCUAACAAAUCUUUCUCCUCGUUUAUUUCAAAUGCCAAGUUCUUUCACGCUAUUUGAUUCAUAUUACCUCAUUAAGAUUCGACUCACAUCGAUAAGGAAGGAUGUAAUGCACAAUUAUAAUUUUGAAGAACUAUAUUUCGUCGAUAACAUAUUUUUUUAAACUGUUUACUAUUUACUAAACCAGUUCACGAAGUCACCUUUUCUCUGUGCAGCUAUUGGUGAAUGGUCUAAUUGUUGACUGUAAUAUAAGUACAACAGAAUUGAACCAAAUUUUUAUGAAACUUUAUCAAUGACUCUCAAUUUCCAAAUAUUAACAUAAAUUUGAGACAGUGUGAUAUUGAUUUAUACAACUUUUGAAGGAACUUGAAGCGUCUUCUUUUGAGCUUAAAUUAAUGGUGAGGAUUGCAGACAAUUAAAUGAUCGUACAAAGUAUCUGAAACACUUUUAAACCAGUUAAGGGUUACUAUUAAUUUAUUUUAAUGUUCACAAUAAAACACGUCUUCAUAUCGAACAAUUCAGACUUAUUUGGGUUGCGACUUACUAAAGUUUUAGAUUUAUUUGCAUGAAAUUCUCUUACAAUAACUGAAUCAUUAUUUCCUUUCGAAAUUUUCAAAACAUAUAUCUGAUUUGUUUUGUGUGACUACGUCAUCAACUAACAAACUGAUAAUUCUUUCACACAAUACACGUUGAACAUAAAUAAUUUAUCAAUAUUAAUAUUAAUAUAAAUACAAUAUCAAUUCAAUAAAUGACCUUUUAUUCAUUAUAUCAAAUUUACAUACGCCACUGGAAUACCUGGAAUAACGUGAGUCAUCACCAUUAUUCCUGAAGAUUUAGUGUCUACUAUUUAAAAAACAUUCUGUAGCACAAAAUAUAUAUUAACCACAGCUAGAGAUAAGGUAUAUAAUAUUUUGUUUUUAUUCUAUAGAUGUUAUGCACAAAUGUUAUUUAUUUCUAUUGUAUAUGAAAUUUCCAUGAAA